AUGACUGCCUUGCGUCUUCUUCCUUCGAAGCUGCUGCGUUCGGCUGCUGCUCCGGCAACACGCAUGCCAAUCGCUGCUUCUGCGCGUUCGUUCUCGCAGAGCGUGUCUGCAUUCAAGAUCAAGCAUUGGGAUGCUCCUAACCGUCACAAAGUCAGCCCCGAUGAGAUGCCCAUCAAUCCCGGCCCGAAUCCGGACCCGAAGAACAUUGGUGUGAAUGCAGUGUUGAACUUGCGUCCUGAGUCGUUGAACCGCCACACAACAUCGAUCUUCGCAGAGUUUUCCCUGGAAGGCAAGACCGCUGUAGUGACUGGCGGUAACCGUGGCCUCGGUCUAGAGAUGGCUCUUGCGUUUGUAGAGGCGGGGGCUCAUGUGUAUGUGAUUGAUCAAGCCCCUGAGCCGUGCGAAGACUUCAAGCGCGUCGCUGAGCACUGCCACAUGCUGAACCGACAGAUCGAGUUUAUUACUGCCGAUGUCACAAAUGCGGAUCAAAUGAACGAAGCAAUGCGUUAUAUCGAGAAAGACUCGCGCACUCGCUCACUCGACAUUUGCGUGGCGAACGCUGGUAUCAUGCAGACGCACCCAGCGAUCGACUACCCGGCUGAUGAGUUCCGUAAGGUGAUGGAAGUCAACACGACUGGUGUUUUCAUUACUGCCCAGGCCGCUGCUCGUGUGAUGCGUCAACGUCCAGAGUUGACGGGCUCUAUCAUUCUGACGGCAUCUAUGUCGGGCACGGUUGUGAACCGUGACCAAGAGUGGACUGCUUACAACACGAGUAAGUCGGCUGUGCUUCAGCUGGGCCGUAACCUGGCUGCUGAAUGGGGUCCAUACGGCAUUCGUGUCAACACCCUCUCGCCUGGUUACUUCCGCACGAACCUUGUGGCCGAUCAGCUUGACUCGAACCCGGAGCUGCUCCAGCGCUGGAGCGAAGCCAACCCAAUGGGUCGCAUUGGUUACCCGCACGAGCUCCGUGGUGUCGUUGUCUGGCUUGCUAGCAAUGCUUCGUCGUUCUGUAAUGGCGCUGAUAUCAUUGUUAGCGGUGGUCAUACUAUCUGGUAA